AUGAAGGAGGUUUUCUCAAAUGCCGUCCUUGUCCUGGCCAUCUCUGUGUGGGCUGCCCUUGCAGUUGAUUUCCCUCUUCCUACAGGCACAGGGGCUCGCCUACAACAGACAAAGGCGGAGUGCACUGGGAAUAUAAAUAAGUGCUGGAUUUUCUCUUACAUCAAGCCAAGUGAACCCAUAUGUGGCAGUGACCAGGUUACUUACAGUGGUGAAUGCCAUCUCUGCUCCCAAAUCCUAUACAAAGGGCUUAACAUAACUAAACUGUACGAUGGACCAUGUCUCGAGACUUUCAACGGCGGCCUCGGCCCUCGCGAUCGAGCGCACAAGUCCUUCGCCCUCCACGUACCUCCGACAAGUCCGCGGCCUCCCGGCAAGGACCCCCAGCAGGGCUGCCCGGCCGAACGCCCGAAGGACCCCGCUGGGGCCGCGCAGGGUAGCUAUCGCGGUGCCUGGUGGCCGGGCUCCGCGGUGCAGGACCAGGUGAAUCCAGACCAGAACUCCCGCUGGGCUGGGGCCCGAACAGCCCUGAAUCUGGGGUGCGCUUAG